AAGAACUAAAAUUACGACAUUGAAGUGGAGUUCAGAGGAAAAACAAGACAGGGGCUUGUAAAGCAGUUAACGUAGACGCAGCUGUCAGAUCUGAUAAGUCUAUUAUCAAUCAAUAAAAUAAAAUUCAGAUUUAAAGAAAUCCCAUUUUGGCAAUCCGUUUUGCUGUGAAGUUGAAAGGAUCUGAAGGGAUUAGCAGAAGCAGCAAUGGAUGCUUUGAGGAAGCAAGCCAGCAAGCUCAGAGACCAAGUCGCCAAGCAACAGCAGGCUGUAAUAAAGCAAUUUAGUGGAACUGGUUAUGACAGCUCAGAUGUAAUAGUUAUUGAUGAGAUUGAGAUGCAAAGACAUCAACAACUGGACAAACUGUACAGGUCCACUCGUUCAGGAAGGGAUUUCCAGAAAGAUGUUAUUAAAGCUGCAGAAGUAUUUACAGCUAUCGGGUAUAAGCAUAUUGAAACAGGAACCAAGUUCUCUGAGGAAUGCUGCCGAUAUGGAACUGAAAAUAGUGAAAACAUCAAUGAAAACAUUCUUGCCAAAGCUGCAGCUAUUUAUGGUGAUGGUCGUAAACAUGUAGAGAAGGAGCAAGAAGAUUUAAUUAAGCUGUUAUCCCAGCAGGUUUUGGAUCCCUUGAGAGCAAUGAUCACUGGUGCUCCUUUGGAAGAUGCUCGUCAUCUUGCUCAACGCUAUAGUCGAAUGAGACAGGAGGCAGAGGCGCAGGCAGCAGAGGUUUCCAGAAGACAAGCACGAAUAAGAGAAGUUCCUCUUCCUGAAAAUGUUGCAAAGUUGCAUGCAGCUGAAGCAAGGAUGCAGGAACUUAAAGCAAAUAUGGCAGUUCUGGGUAAAGAAGCUGCUGCUGCAUUGGCUGCUGUUGCAGCACAGCAGCAAAGACUGACUUUACAGAGGCUUGUAGCUAUGGUUGGAGGGGAAAAGACUUAUCAUUUGAGAGUAGCUGCUAUUCUUAACGAGAUUGAAGCUGAGAUGGUCUCUGAGAAACAGCGUAAAGAAUCUGCUCCUCCUGUGGUUGCACCAGAGAAUGGCACAGAGAAAACCAUGUAUUACUUGGCUGAAGUAAUGCAUCCUUUUUUUGCUGCAUCCGAGAAGGAGCUGAGCUUGGCAGUAGGUGACUUCGUUGUUGUGCGAAAGGUAAGCCCAUCUGGAUGGUCAGAAGGAGAAUGCAAGGGUAAGGCAGGCUGGUUUCCAUCAGCAUAUGUUGAGAAGCGCCAGAGACUUCCCUCCAAUAAUCAGGCUGGUGAAGUCUAUUAACGUAUAAGCAUUUAUCACUCUAGCAAAAAAAGGGCAUGACUUUUCUCUUUAGUCUGUGUGAUGUUUAUUCAUUACAGGAAAAAGGCAUAUUAUGCUCUAGUAAUCAGAUGGGUUCUUUUAAAAUGUUCAUUCUUUUACCUUAUAUGUAUUGUAAGAUAAAAAGAAGAAGUUACCAUGCAUUGUUGCAUUGUUGUUUGUAUUCUUUUAUCACUUUCUGGAUAG